GCCUCAGUCUUGACACAUGGUGAUGAUCAUCACAUUUCUUACACACACAUACACUCGCGCACUUCAAGCCACUUAUGCCGGUGCUGUAGAGCAGGAUCUUUCAUUUGUCGUUAUUAGACGAAUGAUUGCUUUUUACCUGUUAUACAUAGCUUUUAAUUUCAGUUACAUUUUUCCAAAAACAAUUUUUGCACGGAAUAAGAGAGAUUAUGUCCAGACCGCUCACAAUGAAUCCAGCUUUUCUACCUCCGCAAACUAACGGCGUUUUGAAGGCGCUCCUGGAAAAACCUCUGAAACUAUCUUUGCAAGAUGAAGGCUACGGGAAGGAGAGAGAGAAGGUGAAAAAGCUAGAAGAAGAGAGAAACACUCCACAAUCGGCUUUCUUAGGGCCAACGCUUUGGGAUAAAACAUUGUCUUAUGAUGGAGACAGCUUUCUGGAGUAUAUGGACCUUGAGGAGUUCCUCUCUGAAAAUGGCAUCCCCUCCAGUCCUGCACAACAUGACCAAAGCCUACAUCAGCAACAACAACAGCAGCAGCAGCAGCAGGCUUCAAUGCCACAGGCCCCCAUCUCAGUCAUGGACCUCAGCAGCCGGGCCAUCACCACCAUCCAUACGGGCAUGGUUCCUCAGAACUGCCUCCACAGUCCGGGCAGACCAGUUUUGCCUCCAUCACGUAACACUCCAAGUCCUAUAGACCCGGAGGCCAUUCAGAUACCAGUGAGCUACGAGCCCGAUCCGGCAGACCUCGCUCUGUCCAGCGUCCCAGGCCAGGAGAUUUUCGACCCAAGGAAAUGCAAGUUCUCCGAAGAGGAGCUGAAACCUCAGCCUAUGAUCAAGAAAGCACGCAAAAUCUUCAUUCCUGAUGAUAUGAAGCAGGAUGACAAAUACUGGGCACGGCGCAGAAAGAACAACAUGGCCGCCAAGAGGUCACGGGACGCUCGGCGCCUAAAAGAAAAUCAGAUUGCCAUCCGGGCUGGUUUCCUGGAGAAAGAGAAUGCGGCUCUCCGACAGGAAGUUGCCGACAUACGGAAAGAGCUGGGGCGGUGCAAAAAUAUCUUAACCAAGUAUGAAGCUCGGCAUGGCCCUCUGUGAGACUCCACGGGUGCUCCUGAAGUUUCCCCCCACCCACGCCCUUCCAAUUUGAAGGACAGUAUUCUUGGGUUAAGGCCCUCUGGGCCUGUUUUCCAGCCAGCCCUCACCUCAGUCUGUUCUUGGCACCUUAGAAGGCAGAAACGUUUCGUUGUGUGGUUAUUUGAUACAUCUUGUAGAGGUCUCUCACUCUCUUUCUCUAUUUGUUAUCGCAAACAAAGCGUAUAUUAUUUUAGUGUGUUGUAGCAUUUGUCCACAAACGUUUGCCUUGAUUUGUCAUAAUUUAGCAGUCAAAUCUGAGCUAGCAGAUCUUCUGCUGCUUCUACAGACUCACAUGUAUGCUGUGUAUGAGAGAGGAGGUACAUGUGCAUACCUGCUUCAGGUGUUUUAGGUUUUGUGUCCGUAAAGACAUUAUUCUCACAGACAGAACAGAAUGUAGCAAGAUUUGAGAGUUUGAAACAACUUCAUAUAAUCAUAAUUGCUAAAUAUGUAUAUCCUUAUAGAAAACAGACAAACAAGUCGCUUACUGUUUAUUUCCAAAGCGUAAUGAAAUAAGGAUGCCAGCUUCUGGGAAUCUGUGCUGUGCCACAAAGAGUGUGAUUGAAAUUGGCUGUUACUUUAUUAUGAACCAGUAGUUGUUUGUUCAGUGUAUGUGGUAAAUUGACUUUCAGUCCAGUCAAGCGAAUAUGAAAGAUAAACUGGUAUGUUUAGGUUGAUAAUGGACCAUUUCACGGACUAUGAUGACGCGUUUCCACAGUUAUCAACACUGCAAAUCUAGUAAAGUUUUUAUUAUUUUUAUUUCAUUUUUUCAUACACACUUAUAACGUUAUAUUUUGUUAUAUUACCUUGGCAGUAAAUGACAAAAAAACAAAUUGACGCUGUGAGACGGUUUCUAAUGCUGCCUUCACGUGCUAUAGGAAAUUUAAUAUUUCCCACUUCUGAAGGCGCGAUUACGAGCUUAUCGCAUUCAAGUUUCAACUUAAGAGGGCGUUCAUGUGCAAUUUUUUAUUUUUUUUUUUACCUCGGAAACUCGUAUUUACGAUAAUUUCGAGAGCACGUGAAGGCAGCAUAAUACAACGGUUGAGGGAGUGGCGGCAAAUUUUUUUUAUCUUUCUCUCUUCUGACUGCUGUAAUCUCUCUCAUACUCUCUCUUCCUCUUUUGGAAAGUUGUGGAAACGCUAUCGCGUAUUUUUCUUUUGCUAUUAGUGCAAAUGAAGUCUACCCAACUAUGUUCAGUUAAAAAGUCCACACUUUCAAUAUUUCGAUUAGCUUUUUUAAAUCCAAAAGUGUGGGAAGGUAAUUUUGUUUAGGUGGAACUACCUGUUGCAAUAAUUUCAUCAGAGAGCACAGAGCGUCGUUUAUUCUGCAUUAGCAUGCUUUGAGUUCAAACUGUGAUGAAAGGAAAACAUACCUACUGAACAAGGUCUCAAUUCCUUUAUUGCUAAAACAAAGAGGCAACCUGGUAGGCCUAUAUAAAGUAUAUUGAAAGAGAUAUGUUGCCUUUUGUUGCCGAGUUGUGAAAUGAAUGUAGAUGUAGGCCUACGGGGUAUUUUAUGUCUAUUACUCUUUACUACAGACCAAAUGAUAUGAAAUACAACCAUAUUGUCAUUUUGAAAUUAAAUGUUUUUACAAAGUUAUUGUUUUUGUACAGUAUUUUCAUAUGAAUUUCUGAAUAUGUAAUUUGAUGUAUACUGUAUAUCAAACUAUAUGAAAAAGUUCUAAGUUCUACAGGUAACUGUAUAUGGGCAUUAAUAUAAUACAUUUAGUACUAUGAACUUUACAUACUAUCAGUUUCUUCACCUUUUACAGUUUAUUUUUAAGUGCAUCAAUAUCAAAACUUUUUUUUUUUUUCAUGUUUUCUUUUUUCUUUUGUUGUUAAAUUAUAUCGUCAAUACCUUUCAUGUAGUGGUUGUGAUGUACAAUCAUGAAAUAUGAUAUUAUUGUGUGUUUGCCAAACUUGGUAAAAGAACGUAUUCUUGGCCACAUAGAAUGUUGUCAAUUAUUGUGUAUUUCAACAAAUAAAAUGUAUUUUAUAUUAAACAUAUUAAACUACAGCACGUUUAAAUUUUAA